AUGCAGCUCUGUAACACACAGGUAAUGGGGCAGGGAGCAAAGUGCCCCACACUCACACUGUAGCCGAGGGAGGGCAGAGAGACGGUGUAUGGUUAUAUAUAGUGUGUGAAUUGUAGGGAUUUCCUGAACAUAAUGGUUGAGAAUUAAUGCAUAGCUGACUUGAGAAUUUUAAAAUUCCAACCUUUUUUAAAAUUCCAAUCUUUUUAAAAUUCCAACCUAGAAAUUUUUUUAUUUAAUUUUGGAUUCCCUAAAAUUCAAACUUUAGAGACAAAUAAUGUACAGAAAGAUAGUGUGUGUUUAUUGCCAGGGUAUUUAUAAACUUGUCUGUCACUUCUGGGGUCUUUGCAAAGACUCUAAGAUGUCAUGUCCACUUACACUGUGACCCACCUCAGAGAAAAGGGAGAUAUAUAGUGACUACUACAACUACUGCAACAACUCACUCGCGAGGUGCAGGGGCCAUUUCUUCUUAAAUUUUAUCUCCAAGCAGAUUCACAAGGCUAGACCUGCUGUCACUGUUGCCUUCUGGCACAUGCACAAACCAGGAAGAACCAAAAAUAUCUUUAUUAGAUUUAGGUUAUUAGAAAUUAGAACACUAGUACUACCGAUUUCUGGUUUAAUCCAAUUGUACAGCGCUGCAGAAUUGAUUGGCGCUUUUAUAAAUAAUAAUAAUAAUAAUAAUAACAACCCCUUAAGGUACUACAGUGACUAGGCACCAUACCAGCCACUGAGAUAUGAUAUAUAGUAUUUUGGACAUUACUUUUAUUUUAGACCAAUACAUUCGUUCAAGGGAUGGUUCAUAUGCUACUGCUUUAUUGGGAUAUUAUUUUAGUAAUCAAAUAUUGCCUUUGUUUUCCUUAUUAAUUUGAGGUGGCAAAGUAUUGUGUCUUGCACCAGCAUUAAAUUGUGUUAGAAUUGCCUUUGUGAAUCCUCUAUCCACUUUCUGGAUGAAAUAUAUACUUCAAGCAGGAGCUUCGUCAUAUAAUGCAAUAUGACCUUUAAACAGUGUUCGAGAUUAAACUGUAUGAAUAGUUGUGUCAUUUGCUACCUUUGCACAGUAACCAGCCUUCAGCCAUAUAAGGAAUGAAGUUGAAAGACAUUCUGACAUAAAUACGCUUUGCGAUCAUGGUAACCCAUUAAAUUAUGGUAUGCUGCCAACAUUUGCUACCAUUUAAUACAAAAGCUUCUCUCAUGUAUUGACAAAUAUUUCAACCUAGUCAACAAAGUAUUGCUGUUUAUUUAGAGAUCUGAAACUCCAAGUAGUUUUGUAUACCUUGCCUAAAACUAGUUAAUAAGCAGAAGAAGAAAACAUAUAUCAAGUAAAUAACCAUUUAAAGGACUUGUAAUACACAUUAUACAAAAAUGUAUUCCUGACACUUUAAUGUAUAACUAUUUAGGUCCUCUGUCCCCCAUAGAUCGCAGUAAAAAGGUGUUUAAACUCACCUUUUUCCCCCCAUGAUGCACCAGUGUUGCCGUUGCCAGCUCAGCUUCCAUGGCUGAGAUCAUCAAACUUGACUAUUGCACAUGCUUGGUAAAACUCGGCACUGCACCAAUCAGCAUCUCCUCAUAAAGAUGCAUUGAAUCAAUGCACCUCUAUAGGGAACAUUCAGCACCUCCAUACAGACACUGAACACCAGUUCUGCGCACUGUGUAGGACUGGACUAGGAAGCACCUCUAGUGGCUGUAAGAGUGACUGUCACUAGAGGUGUUCCAUAGGCAGCAAUGUAAACACUGCCUUUUCUCUGAAAAGACGGUGUUUACAUUAAAAAGCCUGCAGAGACAUGCUAUAGACACAAGAACCACCACUUUUAGCUGUAGUGGUUCUGGUGACUAUAUUGUCCCUUAUUACAUUUUGACUACUUUGUUCCGCGUUCAGUUCUGCAUUUACACAAUUAAAAUAUAUUACAAUUCUUUUGUUUUUGUUUUAGAAGUAGUCUGCAAAGUGUCAAAGUACUUCUUUGUGUAUAUAGACAGAUUUGUGUACCCCUAACUAAGAAUGCUUUGCAAGUAGUCUGCGCAUUUUCUGGUAUUCUUGCAUUCUAUGCCAAGUUAAACCUUGACAUAAGGGAGCAGCAGAAGAUAGAAUACUUUUUUGAUGUAAAAACUGUGGCAAACAUAGCCACUUGGACACUAUAAAGAGACUGUGCCUUUAAGGGUUACCUGUAUGGUUGUGGGAUAUGUGCUUAACUAUGUAGAAUGUAUGCUGGUUGUAAUUAACGUGUGUUUGCUGUAUGGGCUAUCUGCCGAAUGCAGAUAGCUGUAUGUAUUGUAUUUUCUUUCGUUUCACGAACGGCACUUUGGCGGGCCUUUCGUGAAACGAAAAUACCCCCAUGUAGUAGCCCACACACUUAGAGGCGUGAUUGUGGCAAACAUAGCCACUUGGACACUAUAAAGAGACUGUGCCUUUAAGGGUUGCCUGUAUGGUUGUGGGAUAUGUGCUUAACUAUGUAGAAUGUAUGCUGGUUGUAAUUAACGUGUGUUUGCUGUAUGGGCUAUCUGCCGAAUGCAGAUAGCUGUAUGUAUUGUAUUUUCUUUCGUUUCACGAACUGCACUCUUGCGGGCCAUUCGUGAACCAAAAAUACCCCCAUGUAGUAGCCCACACACUUAGAGGCGUGUGGCACUUGGUAAUUAGAGGCUCUCCUAGGUGGCCGCCGUUCGACUACCGACCAUGCGGCGGUCGGCCAUCUUGGAUCCUUUGUUCCCUCAGCGGUAUUUGGUCGUCGAGCACAUGGUACUAAAAACGGCUACUCUAUGGCGCGAACACCACUGAGCUUCCAGGCCGUUCGGGAGGUCUGGGCUGUUCGGUAUUUGGUUCCCUGGAAGGCAAUCGGUAUUUUGAACCUGUAUUUUAAUGAAUGUGUUUUUCGUGCGGCGUUCGGUUGGUUUAGCUGGGAUCUGAGCGGUAAUCUCACGAAUGAUGCGCUCAGACCCCAGCUAUCUACCGAACGUCCAUUCGUUUAAAUGAACUGCAUAUUCGAAAAGUUAUGGAUUUUAAUGUAAAUUGUCGGUUCUGCUGCACGGAGGGAUAAUCCACUUAACGGUACAUUCCUGUGGGAGGAUCUCUCUCGUGCAGCAGUGCCCGAUGGGAGAAAUGUCUUGUACAGUAAGUCCCCCAUGUAGUCCCCUCUGGGAAUGCCCCUGGGAGGGGACUCAGGAAACCCCUUUCAUGGGGACUUGUAUAAAUUGUGGAGCUGAAAAUAAAGACCUCAGUUGACUCUCAGAACUGUGUUUCGUCCGGUUACUGGGAGGUUUGGGAUAUUGCCUUGCUUUUUCCAGUGCUUGACUGUGGAUUACUUCCUGAACCAGCGGAAUUCGUGGAUUUAAUAUUGGCGUUCCGCUACAAUUGGUGGCAAGCGACAGGAUCCAACUCUACAGCCGAAACAGCGCAUUCGAAUGAAAGGAACAACCGAACGGAAAAAGGGAAUGGCAAUUCGUAUGCAGCAAACAGACGAAAGAGAUCAGUGAAUGGGGACUGAUUACACGACUUUGAAAAGGCAGACGCUAAAGGAACUGCUGGAGGCUAGAGGGAAAAACGCUAGCAAUAAAUCCAAGGCAGUACUAAUUGCAGAACUAAUGGAGGGCGACCGAGCACACAGCAGCACACCCCCACCAGCCAGGGAGGAAACUCCAUAUCAGAGGAAACUAAGAACCCGGCUGGAAUUUGUACCUCAGUCAGUACCCCUGGACAUCUUGACCGUCUUGAUGGCAGACGUACAGGAGUACAUUAUGGCUCAACAGCACCAGGGGGCACCGUCCAGGCCAGAAUCCAUCGCUACUUCAUUCUGCGCUCCGGUGAAACAGAAGAUACCGUACCAGGCGUUUAAAGCAUUCUGUGAGGAGAAGGAUGAAAUUGACGGGUAUCUGCAGGAUUUCGAGCGGCUAUGUGACCUGCACGACCUGGAGCAGGCUGUGUGGGUGCCCCUGCUAGCAGGAAAUUUGGCAGGGCGGGCAGCAGAGGCCUAUCGUGCUGUCCCCAGGGAGGACAGCAAGGACUAUUUUAAAGUCAAACGGGCAAUCCUGGAGAGAUAUGCCAUCACACCGGAGGCAUAUAGGCGCAAAUUUCGGGGAUUGCGAAAGCCUGAAAAAGAUUCCCACGCUGAGUGGGCACAUAAGCUAGACCAAGCUUCGCAAGGGUGGAUUCAGGCAAGCCAAGCCACCACCAUGGAGGAACUGGGUUAACUAAUUUUAUUGGAGCAGUUCUUUAAUGGACUCUUACCAGAGGCACAAGAAUGGGUAAGGGACAGAAAACCCCUCACCCUAACUGAAGCCGCCCGGUUGGCGGAUCAACACUUCGAUGCCAGGGGGCAUCAUGGGCCCAACAACAAGGGCCCCCUGAGACCACCUAUACAGCACCACCCGACCACCUCCGCACCAGCCAACUCCACUCCGUUCCGGCCAGCACAAGGGAACCCCCCACCACCAUCCCGCUACAAUGGCAGGGCAAACAUCCAAUGCCAUACCUGCCGUCAGUGGAGGGUGCACCCAGAAUCGGAGUAGACAGGCGUGGAACCAAGUGCGGCAGAAUUCCACCUCAAGGGCAGCAGCGCAUUAUUACCACGCAGAACCGGACACCCCCGAGCUGAUGAGCCUGCAGACUGAGGAACCUCUGGGUGUUUUGUAUGAGGUGAUGUCUGUGCAAGCCACGGACAACAGGCAGCAUCACCGUCAAGUUGUGUUUGUGGGGGGGAAAGAAGUACAGACAUCUGUAAUUAAUAAUUUUCACCAGGAAACCUUCACAAGACACCCAUUUGUUGCAAAAACACGUUCUGCAGUUUGUUAAAAUCAAUAUUCCAAAUUAUUAAAGGACCACUAUAGUGCCAGGAAAACAUACUCGUUUUCCUGGCACUAUAGUGCCCUGAGGGUGCCCCCACCCUCAGGGACCCCCUCCCACCCGGCUCUGGAAAGGGGAAAGGGGUAAUAACUUACCUUUUUCCAGCGCUGGGCGGAGAGCUCUCCUCCUCCUCUCCGCCUCCGUUACGCCCCGCCGGCUGAAUGCGCACGCGCAGCAAGAGCUGCGCGCGCAUUCAGCCUGUCGCAUAGGAAAGCAUUAUCAAUGCUUUCCUAUGGACGCUGGCAUGCUCUCACUGUGAUUUUCACAGUGAGAAGCACGCAAGCGCCUCUAGUGGCUGUCAAUGAGACAGCCACUAGAGGAUUAGGGGGAAGGCUUAACCCAUUCAUAAUUAUAGCAGUUUCUCUGAAACUGCUAUAAUUAUGAAAAAAUGGGUUAACCCUAGAAGGACCUAGCACCCAGACCACUUCAUUAAGCUGAAGUGGUCUGGGUGCCUAGAGUGGUCCUUUAAGGAAUAUGUCAAUUUGUUAAAAAAAAAAAAAAACUUUUUUAUAUAAUAAAAUUAUUACUGAAAAAAAAAUGUAUACUUGUUCUACCUACACUAUCUGCAAAAAAGAGUGACAAAAGUGGCAACUAAGUGUUUUUACUUUUCUUUCCAUGUGUCCAAAAGUAAUCUAGACAUCAUUAUGCAUAUCAUUCAGUUACAGUGUCAGACACUGGUUUAUUCACUCGACAUUCGAUUAAGUGAUUGCAAUAUUCAAGCUAAUGUUGUAGAAUUAUUAGGCCUCUAUAAAUUUGUAAGGCCCCUUUAAAUCCUCUUGCUAUACCUCUAAGAGGCCCCCAUAGUUUUACAAGGAAGCUUUGUCUAUAGAACAUAGAAUUUGCAUGUCAGCAAGAAAUAGCUUUGAUAAAAUGUGUAUUUACUAAAAUCCUUGAAACUUAACCUUGAGAAACUAACAAGUGCCAGCUACGCUCCAAAUGGAUAGCUGCCAAAAGGCCCCUCCCGUCGAGUGAGCUCCUCAUUUUAACAAAAUGGCGCUAAGACCUGUAGGAGUUAAGAAAUUACGUAGAUAGUGACCUAAGAAUGGGGAGGGCAUUUUACUAACAUCUUAGCACCUAAGCCAAUUAACAAUGUCUAUUUGUCUAUAUCUUGAUUUUCUUCAAUGAUGUAAUAAUGCCUUUAUAAGGGUCUGCGCACCCAUUUUUCUGUCAGAAGCCAUUAAACUUCUCUGAAGUUCUUUCAUUACCCUGAACCUUGUGUCUCAGUGUGAAUUUACUUCUGCGUGCACGCAACUUUAUUAUCUUUAAUUUGGACAGGAACAGAUAGUCAUUCAAACUAAUUGGUUUGCAGUAAAUUAUAUACGACAAAUUGGCGCUUCCAACGUGGGGCUCUGGGCUAUGUCCAGUCUGGGCAGCUGUCCAAGAAGACGCUGGGGGGGCUGAAUCCUGGGGGAAGGAAAAGAGCCUGAUCACCUCUGAAUACACGGUAGAGAUUGCUGCAGCACCUAGCCGGUAUGUUCCUGCCCCUGUGAUUGACCUGCCCCAGUGUCUGUGACUGCUGCCGAGAGGACAUCAAAGUCAGGUAAUAACUUGCCCAGAGUCUUUGUAUUGUUAAUGAUACCUAGUUUACCUGCAUGUUGACUAUCUGUUGCCUGGGUGUGUUUGUAUUGGUAUGUGUUUAACUUAGUACCCGGGGAGUGUAAGUGCCUGUUUAACUCCUUUUAGGUACCACAUGCCUGUGGUAGUAAGGAAAAAGGGGGGUGGACCUGUGGAAGUUUUCCUGGGGGUCCUCUAUUGCCUGUUUAACUCUUUUAGGAGCCACGUGGCUGUGGCUGUAAGGAAAAAGAGUAGGGGGAAUCUGUGGAGGAUGAUGUAGACUCAUUGCUUCCUGGGGGUUCCCCAGAGUGUCAUUUUGACCGCUUAGCUUCUUGGUAAAAUUCCAGCCUCGAGCGCUGAGGCAGGUAAGAUUCCAAUUCUUUAGGCUAUACAGGAUUCGGGUUGGAAGCUGUUGCUGUUUCCUGUGGCUGCUGGUAGUGAGACUUGCGGGUGGGUCCGCAACAGGGACACUACGAGGUUGAGGGAGGUGGCUUUUGGCCACACGAGUAAAGGCAAGGGAUAAAACUGUUGAACUUAUUUGAACUGUGAUGCAUGCACUGUAUUUACACUGAAAUGUUAUUGUCUUAAUUGUCUGUCACACAGAUUCCUGUGUUUACUUUUAUCUUACUCACUGUACUACUUACACUUUCCCCUCCUAGUUCUCUUUCUCUGUUGAGAGAAGUGAUUGGUCACACACUUCUCGCCACGCUCCAAUCCGCGGCUACCACGGGUAGGCGGAAUCAGUGACUAGUCUACGUUUUGGGAAGACGUACUUAAAGAGCUUGCUCUUAAAGUAGCAGUCGAGCACGGUAGACGUUCUGUUCCUUUCUCUCUCUAUAUCUGGGACGCCUUGUAUAGGGAGGAUGGGACAGAAGUUAGAUAAACCCAGUAAGGGUUGGUUAGCAUGUGAUCUAGUGGAAGACAGAGAAGGAGAAGAGAUGGUUAAGAAAGUGAGGAAGAUUGCUAAAGUAUGUGGAAUUACCGUACCUCUGUGCGGCAGAUUGUAGCCAGAGAGCUGGCGUAAGUUACUGACAGAGAAGAAAGAGAAGCUGUCGGACCAAGAUUUGGUUUGUACAGCAGAAGCCUGAUACCGAGUAGCAAGAGCUAUUCAGCAAAAGGGAUAGGUUGAGGAAGAUAUUGAUCACAAAGGUUUAAGUUUGUUUGUGUAUUAUAAUAAUUGUGUUACUGGAUGCUGAUGGAUCCCUAUUCUCCCCCCCCCAUCAGUCCUACAGAUCUCGUCACCCUCAUCCUCUCUCUGCAGCUCCCUGCACCUCCAGUCCGUUUCUCCCGUCAAAGAUUUCUGGUUUCCAAACGUAUAAGUCUCUGUCCUUCUGUCUUGUUACUUUACAGCACUCACAUGGUUAAUCUUCAUGCCUGCAGUCUCUCCCUUUUUUGCACUGUCUAACUUUCUCCCCCCCUCUCCUCCCCGCUUGCCUGCAUUUCUACUGAUAAGAAUUAGAGACAGGAUUUUUGCUGGAAAAUAUUCUAAUUGUGUAGUAUUGUGUACAUUGUUCCAUACACAGACGUUGUCAGGCAGGUUAUGGAGCUAUAAUUGUGUAAUAAUAUUAUUAUUGUUGCCAUUUAGAUGGCGUCAACAGAUUCCGUAGUGCUAUAUAUUUAUAAAUUAUGUUUUGAGUAUAAGGUACUGAGGAUUGUGGGAGUGACGGGCUCACAAGAUUGCAUUCAGUGUUGAAUACGGGAUUUAGGAAGGUGUAGCCUGUUAACACUGAUAGAGGGAAUAUGCGAUGUUGUUAAGUCAGUAUAAGAGGAGGAAAGUGAUUAAUGGCUAGAGGAUGAUAAGGGAAAUUGGUUGAAUUCCGUGAGUUUAUUUUGCAUCAUUUUAUUAUUUUAAAGUUAUUUUAAAGUACAUGUUUCUAGAAACAGCUGUAUGGGCUGUUAAAUGCAUAAUGUUCUCAACUGUCUUAUUCAACCUGCCAGGUCUGUUCAUAGUUUAGUAUUUCAUUUUGCAGAACAGAAUGUUGCUUCUCUGACUUAUUUUAAUAGUUAUAAUAUAGUGUAUUGUUGAAAGUGCGUCAGCCACCACCCUAAAGAUGGCGCCUAGUACAGACCUAUCUACAGUCACGGUUGCUUCUAAAGUGACGUCACUUCCGCCCUUACCAUGCCCACACCUCCUGUCUUCCUUUCCCACACAUAUCAUGGACGUCACCCCUCUCACUUCCUCCCUUGCUGUCAUUUCCUUCCCCGCCCCUGUCAUGGCUGCCUCCAUCAUGAGGCCUACCCGUAUUAUGCUCGUCCCAUUUAGAGACAUGUUGUUUUCCUUACACUCUACAUAUUAUGAACAGAAACAUUAUAAUUACUAAAACAAUCAUGCCAUUUGUUUCCCUGUAUCAGCAAUUUGUCCGUGAUAUAAAAAAAAAGAAGGUUGCUAAAAUGUAAUUUGCAACUGUGGUGUGACCUACAUAUGAAAUCUGUUGGACACGAAUAUAAGAGCAUAACAGCUGAUUAUCCAGCUUCAUCUUGCAAUAAGGGAAAUAGCCAAAUAAUGCAAGUUAUUUUAAACAUUGUAUCUUUACUUAAUCGAAUCUUGCUAGUUACAGAUCUUAUGUUUACAGUAACAUCCUUUACUUUAAAUGAUGGUUUAGCAUUAGAAGGAUUAGUGACAUGUUUUAUUAACCCAGCUACUACUGGUUGUUUAUUUUAGUUACAGGGUGGUAUAAUUGUUAUAGUCUAUUUAAUAUAAAUGAUAGUACCGCAAUAGUUAAUGUUUUAUCCAAAGACAUAUAGGAACUUCACUUCACUUACUAUUAACCAUUAUUUAUAAUGAUAGACAUGUUCAGACUGCAAAAAGCUAUGGCUAAUGACAUAGAAAGGGGUUUGAGUCAGUAACACAGCCCAUACAGAGGAGAGCAAACCCGCUGAUGCUUAAUGCCCCUGCCAUGGCAGUGUCUACAGGGAACAAGGGGGGCCACUAGUCACUGUAACUUUACCUAUUGAAGGUCACCCUACUACUUUCCUGGUUUCCUGGUUAACACAGGUGCAUCCCGCAGUGUUCCUAGAGAACAAGACCUGCCUGACUCAUCGUUCCUGCCUGACACCGAUGUCUCUUGUGUUGGUGCUGAUGUCCUAUCCUGCCUCCAAGCAUCCAUCACCCUCACUGCAGACGGCCAGGUUCAAUUGAAUACACCUUUGUCACGAAAAGACACUACAGUUCUUUGUUCCCUUCCCAUUUUACUGUGGAGAUGAUCUACCCACAACAGAACAAUGCUCAAUUAAUCUUCUUUACUAUGUAGCAGAACAAGGAUGUGAAGCUUCACGUCUCAAGCUGCAAUUCUGCCAACCUACUGUUAUCUUCCUUGGCCAUUGUCUGUCUCAGGGAACCAGACAUCUCACUCGUGACCGAGUUAGAGCAGUACUGGACAUUCCACCUCCAAGGACCUCAAAGUCACUACACGCCUUCCUAGGCCUCAUUUCCUAUUGCCGAGCAUGGAUCCCAGAAGCCUCACUCCUUAUGCAACCUCUCUAUGAUGCUCUCAAGUCAGACCCAUUUUGCUUGUCCACAGAAGCCCUUGACAACUUCUGUACUCUUAAACAUGCUAUUGCUUCUGCUCCUGCUCUUGGCCUACCAGACUAUACCAAACCCUUCAAAUUGUUUGUUUCUGAAAGACAAGGCCAUGCAACAGGAGUACUCACUCAGGCCCAUGGUCCUGGAGGCCGCCAAAGGCCUAUUGGAUUUUUCUCCUGCCAACUGGAUAUUGUGGCCAGAGGACGUCCCUCUUGCCUUCGGGCCGUCUUUGCUGCCAGAGAGCUCAUUGAAAGAACUGGAGAUCUUGUCCUUGGCCACCCCCUGGUUGUCUUGGCCCCUCAUGACAUUUCUGCCAUAGUCAACCAGGUCCAACUUAAGCAUGUUACUCCUGCCAGGCAUCUUCGCCUUCAAUGUCAUCUUUUGUUGCCUGACAACAUUACCCUCCAAAGAUGUCAAGUUCUCAAUCCGUCCACUCUUCUGCCACUCCCUGAGGGGGGUGUAUACUACGGAUUCAUCAUGGACGAACUGUAUACUAUGGAUUCAUCAUGGACGAAACUUAUGUUUUUCUUCUCACUGGCACCAUCAAGAAGGAAAUGCAUCCCAACCUAUCCUUUCAUGAUGGACAAGCACUCCUUCAUGACGGAGCAGGAUAUGCCUUCUGUACCAUGUGGUACAAAUCAAACAUCACUCCUGAACCCUGCUAUGAAGAUGAACUCUAUCAUCUGGUCGAAGUAAAACUCACUGCACAAGACUUCUACUGUGAUUCUGAAGGCAACAGUAUGGUCUUGAUUCAUCUACCUCCGGAACUCAAGCAUUUGUACCGUCAUUGGGACACUGCCAUUCCACAUGUCCCUGUGACCAAGUUGAAAACAAUAUCAUGGAAUGAUCUUGGGCCUAUGGCAAAAGCAUGGGCCACUAUGGACGAAUCACAGCUACAGGAAAAUGGUGUUGUCAAAUAUCCAACAACUGACCACCUAAAAGCAUGGCCACGUCAUUUCCUGGAAAAUGAGUUCCAAGAUUUAACCAUAGUGAAUGACUACGACCUAGAUACACCUCAUGACUGUUUUGAACAGAUGAAAAUGGAAACAACACAUCUACCAACUGUGCAUGAAGACCCAUUGGUAGAUCCCGAUCUCACCCUGUUUGUGGACGGCUCAAGAUAUGCUGAUGAAGAAGGAAGAUACCAUACAGGAUAUGCCGUAACCACAACAGAUGAAAUUGUCAAAUCAUCAUCUUUACCAUCAACUAUGUCUGCACAAGAAGCUGAAUUGCAAGCCCUGACCUCAGCAUGCAAGAUCUCUGAAGGAAAGCGCGCCAAUAUCUACACGGAUUCAAGAUAUGUACUGGGCGUGGCUCACGACUUCGGAUUAAUUUGGAAAACAAGAGGAUUUCUUACUACCGCCGGUACACCAAUCAAGCACGGUUCCGCAAUCAAGGAGCUGAUGGACGCCCUCCUACUCCCAGAAGAAGUGGCCAUUCUGAAGGUAAAGGCACAUGGGAAGUUGGACUCAGAUGAAGCAAAGGGCAACCAUCUAGCUGAUCAGGCUGCAAAACAAGCUGCAAGAAAACCACAGGAAGUGGGAAGAAGAGUGUCCGGAAAUGAAGAAACUCCCAUAUUUACUCUGCAGACUCUUCCAACUGACCUGAAAAUCCUGCGGGAACAACAGGCUACAGUUGCCCCUGAAGAAAUACAGAAGUGGAAACAGAAAGGGGCAGUUCUGAAGGAUGGAGUGUACUCCAACAACCUCAAUUUCUGCCUCCCUAAGAAUUUGUACCCAGCAGUCGUACAAUGGGCACACGGACCUGCACAUUUAUCAAAGGAUCUAAUGAAUGCUCUUGUACAAAAUACUACCUCACUGUCCCCAUAUGAGAUUCUAUUUGGGACUGCACCUAGGCUAGGUUGCCAUUUUCCCCAGCAAUUACAACUUCAUACUGAUGUUUUAGUAAACUCGCAAAUGCUUUGAACAAAAUCCAUGCCCAAGUUUUCUCUUCAAUUCCAGAUCCUGAUUCUGACACAGGCAACCACAGUCUGCUCCCCGGUGACUGGGUUCUGGUCAAGAAAUUUGUGCGAAAACAUACCCUGGAACCAAGAUUUGACGGACCGUUCCAAGUUCUCCUGAUCUCCCCUACCUCUGUCAAAUUGGCCGGAAGGCCUAACUGGAUCCACGCUUCCCAUUGCAAGAAGACACCUGCCCCAGAGGAAGCUAAUUCUAUGCAACCAUGUGCCUCUGGUACAUUAUCUCCUUAGUUGGCCUCCUUAAAGCCCAGCAGGUGGCCAUCACCAAAGAUGCUAGUGGGUACACUUUCUGGUAUAAUUCAUCAUGUACCCAUGUGGCUACAUUCACUUUUGAUUACUGUGAUAUUGUAGAAUGCCCAUUCCCUAAGUCACAGAUUCAAGCCAUUUAUAAAGAUAUACCACAAGCAAAAGACCCUUACGUUUGUGUAGUAGAUGAACAAUGGGGUUAUGACUGUAACUACUGGGGGGCUGCGGGAUGGAAUACUGGGCCUGCCUGGGGUUAUAAACCCAAAAGUGCUUUAUCUAAGAUAGACAAUCAGGGUAGAUCCCUCCUUCAAAGAAUGACUUUAAGAAAGCCUGGAGGAAGUACCCCUAUGAAAUUAAUGUUAAAUAUUGAACAUCCUGGCCCCGAGGAUGCAGACCGAUAUGUAAUGGGAAUGUAUUGGAAGAAAGGUUCCUACAACAAAUUAGGUCAUUUCUACCUCAGAGAUAUGUCCCACUCUCCAGAGUGGCAAGGGGCUGAUCAUAUGGUCCCAAAUCCGCUAAAACCACAUAUCCAGUCCUUUAAAGAUAUGAUGGCCAUCGCUAACCCCACUUUUGAAGAUACCAUGGCCGCUGAAACUGGAUUCAAUGACAUUAAUCUGUGGUUAGAAUGGAUGAGGUAUAAUGCUAACAAACAUAAUAAAACAGCAUGUUAUGUAUGUGGCGGUGCCCGACCCCACCUUGGCACCGUCCCCCUAACUCUCCCUUUAGAGAUAGAAGAUUGCUUCUUAAGCCUUUUUGCCUACCAAUAUGACUUUAAUAGGUCCCUCUGCAUGGCAUGGACGGCAGAAUACCCUCUCUUAGUUGAAAAUGUUAAGCCACCAGAUGGAAUCACAGUCUAUAGAGGUAAUUACACUUGUUAUGCCAUGUAUGACGGGAUUGGUAAAUUCAUGGGUAAUUUUUCUAAAGGUUAUUGCGCCACUUACAGAACUGUUCCUAUACGCCUGUUGCAACACCAUACCAGGUCAUUGGGGGAUAUUUACUGGUUAUGUGGGGAUCUACAGUUAAGAUCUAGGCUGGAAACUGAGUGGUGGGGUGAGUGUACCCUGGCCAAAGUUAUCAUGCCCAUUCAUAUUAUUUCUGAUAAUCAUCAUGACACAUACGACCCUCCACAUACAUCAGCCAGAGUAAGGCGCGAAACCCCAGUAAAAGGCAGUUUUGACCCCCACAUUUACAUAGAUGCCAUUGGGGUGCCUAGGGGGGUACCUAAUGAAUUUAAAGCUAGAGAUGAAGUAGCUGCAGGUUUUGAAUCACUUUUUACCAUAGUCACUGCCAACAAAAACCUUAAUUGGAUUAAUUAUAUCUAUUACAACCAACAGCGCUUCGUGAACUACACCAGGGAUGCCCUCCAGGGCUUGGCCGAGCAAUUACAGGCCACAUCCCAAAUGACCUUCCAGAACAGACUGGCCUUAGACAUGAUCUUAGCCGAAAAAGGGGAGUCUGUAAAAUACUUCCCGACACUAUGACUUGUUGCACUUACAUUCCAGAAAACACAGGUCCUAAUGGUAAAGUCACUCUGGCCAUAGCUAAAUUAAAUAGACUCUCAGAAGAGUUAAAGAGAAACUCUGGAGUUACUGAUCCCUGGGAAAAAUGGUUUGGUUGGAUGACUGGUUGGCAGAGAGCUUUAGUCCAGAUUGGUAUUGCCUUACUAAUUUUUCUUUUUAUUCUCGCUCUUCUCAUUUGUUGUGUCCUCCCAUGCCUAAGGAAAUUCCUGCAGAACCUUCACUCAUCUGACAAUCGAUGAUCAAGACCUCAUCUCACCCUGUAUUCCGCUACAAACUCUCCCGUAUACUGAUGAAGUGCAGAAAGUCUAGGAAGGGACAGUACAGGGACAGCAUCCGUCUUUAUGGGUAGACUGCCGUACGGAGAAGUAGUGGAUAAGCCACUAUGGGUUACCAGCGGAGUGAAGAGUGUUCCUGAACCGUACUGACGGAUGUGCUGCAGCCCGUUAGGGUCAAGAGAGGGAUAGACUUGCACUUUGCAUUAACACUAAGUCAGCGGUCAUGGGGUUUCUGUGUCUUUGGGCUAAUACUUCUUCUGAUACUAACAAAUAAAGUUUUGUCUUUUAGCAAAUAACAUUUUAGGGGGGACUGUUGUAGAAUUAUUAGGCCUCUAUAAAUUUGUAAGGCCCCUUUAAAUCCUCUUGCUAUACCUCUAAGAGGCCCCCAUAGUUUUACAAGGAAGCUUUGUCUAUAGAACAUAGAAUUUGCAUGUCAGCAAGAAAUAGCUUUGAUAAAAUGUGUAUUUACUAAAAUCCUUGAAACUUAACCUUGAGAAACUAACAAGUGCCAGCUACGCUCCAAAUGGAUAGCUGCCAAAAGGCCCCUCCCGUCGAGUGAGCUCCUCAUUUUAACAAAAUGGCGCUAAGACCUUUAGGAGUUAAGAAAUUACGUACAUAGUGACCUAAGAAUGGGGAGGGCAUUUUACUAACAUCUUAGCACCUAAGCCAAUUAACAAUGUCUAUUUGUCUAUAUCUUGAUUUUCUUCAAUGAUGUAAUAAUGCCUUUAUAAAGGUCUGCGCACCCAUUUUUCUGUCAGAAGCCAUUAAACUUCUCUGAAGUUCUUUCAUUACCCUGAACCUUGUGUCUCAGUGUGAAUUUACUUCUGCGUGCACGCAACUUUAUUAUCUUUAAUUUGGACAGGAACAGAUAGUCAUUCAAACUAAUUGGUUUGCAGUAAAUUAUAUACGACACUAACAUAGUCAAGCUGUGAUGAUAACGGUGUUGGAGAAAUUUUCCCAAUCAGCACUUUGUCCCUAAAUUUUGCAAUUUGAUUUUCAUUUAAAUACAAUUUGGGGUUCAGUGAAUAAACCCCUCUGUGGUGUAAAGUAGUCAUAGUAUGGUUACAUAAUUUAGCUACUGGUUUAGGCUUCCAGCUGCUUGCUGAGUUGAUUGUGUUAAAUGGGUUUCCUGUCUCUAUAAUGCUAUGUGUAUUAUUUCCACAGGUGAGUCAUGCCGUUUCUGGGUCAGGACUGGCGUUCUCCAGGUUGGAGCUGGAUCAAAACAGAAGAUGGAUGGAAAAGGUUUGAGUUUGAUGGCGAUGAUUUUGAAAGAGACAGCAACUUUAACCUUCAGCUGUAAGUAUAUUUUAACCAUUAUCACACUGAUUUCAUCUGAAGGGCUUCAAAAAUUAUGCCAUAGGGCACAGAUGUUGGCAGACAAAAGUAAGGACUGUCCUGUAUUGUUGAUAAUUUUUAUUGUGAUUUGUAUAUUUCUUGUUUGGGGUUACUGAAACCUGAGUUUGAAAUAGUGGCAGAUCUAGUUUCUGGCUCAACUACAAGCGUCUGACCGUCCGGUCACAGGCUUCUUAAUUUGCUGUUUUACAUAUUACAUAUUGAGUUAACUCCACUGAGCUAAACUAUGAGAAAGAAACACCUACUGGCUGUCCAACUGAUAGUCAGGGAAGUGUAACUGAAUUUAUUUGUAAAAGUGCUAAAAUAGGAAACAGGACACACUACACACAAAAGAAGCAAGAUGAAGUGAUUCUUGUGUUUUGAGUUUUCCUUUAUUAUAAAGUGGGGGGCUAAAUAAUCAUUAAAAAGAGCACCCCAAAGUGUGUAAUUAUUUUAUUGAUUUUUAAUAUUUGCUGAUGAUUUUUAUGUGUAGAGUGUGUACUUUAUUUUUUUCUUUCUAUCAUUUAUAAAAGUGUUAAUUCCAACAGAAAUUGUCAUUUUUAUAGACUAGUGCUGUUAAUCAAACAGACAGAGAGGCUUGUUUCUGCCUACUUUAUCUCCACUGAGCUAAUCACAGUAGAAGGCACUUGGCUAGGGUGCACCUGCACUCAUUGGAUCAACAGCAAAAAACAAAUGUGAGGAAGGCUGAACUUGAUGGACACAUGUCUCUUUUCUGCCUAUGUAACUAUGUAACAUCCUAUGUGGCCUUGUUUGUUUGCAUUGGUUAUUGUACUGCUAAAACUUCUCAAUAUCUCUGUGAGUAAAAAGUCACCCAAGCCUCGACCACACAGCUUCUCACUGAGAUUCCUAGGGUUCUCAAUUCAAUCUAUUUUCUGUGCCGGGGAAAAAGGGGAGGCCUUGCAGUAGUUGUUUUGUAGUAGAACGAUAAUAAAAAAUCCCAAUACACUCCACUAAUAGGGAGCGCAAAAGGAAGGGGCACAGUGAGGAAAAGUUAGCUUAAAAAGCACCCUAGCUUUUAUUGUGCUCUAAUGUUAAAAAGAAAAUGGACCAAAAACAGCUCAAUUAAAGGUGUAAGCCUAAUUGUGUCUAGGGGAUAAAGGAAAAAGGUGGAGUCCAACAGUUACUCAUACUGCUGUAUAGAAAGCUACCUUAUGAUAUCCACCACUGGGCAGGUGGGCAGCCUAGUGAUAACUUCACUGGCCACUCCUCAGAUGGCUGUUAGAGAUCCUUCCUGGGUCAUGGCUGCCUAAAAUGCAUCCAAACAUUCGGUAUCUCCUCCCUCUGCAUGCAGACACUGAACUUUCCUCAUAGAGAUUCAUUGAUUCAAUUUAACUAUAUGAGGUGAUGCUGAUUGGCCACGGCUGUGUUUGAAUUGUGCUGGCUCUGCCCCUGAUCUGCCUCCUUGUCAGUCUCAGCCAAUCCUAUGGAUAAGCAUUGUGAUUGGCUCAGACCACCACUUCUGAUGAUGGCAGUGGGCAGGUAAAAAGCAAGCAGCUUCAGGCUUGAAUACAAGUAAGAUUUUACUAUAUUUAUGGAGGCAAGAGGGGGCCAGGGGGACUAGAUUGUGGUUUUAACUCUAUAGAGUCAGGAAUACAUGUUUGUGUUCCUGACCCUAUAGUGCUCCUUUAAUUAAAGAACAUAACAUUUACAUUAUUAAAACAAGCCUAUAAAUAUAUAUUUUUGUAUUUACGCCGUUGUUUUUGAGUUCUUUGUGAUAAGCACUGUAUUUUUUUUUCCAGAUUAAAUGUUGAUAACCAAGAAAUGUACACAGAAAAUUGUGAAUAUUCAGUCGAAAAAACUCAAAAGGAAGAAUACAACAACACUACAAGAACUCAAUGUAAGAGUUGAAAAUGUGCUUAUUAAUACUUUAGCAGAGUAUGUGCAAAUAGAUAACAUUGUGUAGAUUGUGCCAUUGUUUGGGUAAAUGUAAUGGUUAUCCCUUUCAAUAGUGAGUAAUAAAAAAAAAUGACAAGCAAAAUGCAUUUUCUGUGUUCUGGAAAGUGUUGUAUACAUUUAAUUUGUGCAUGAAUAGCACUUACCGGUAAUUAAAUGAAAGGCAGCAAUGUCUUAGUUGAUCAUUGUUUAACGAACAGUGAGAAAACAAGUGAGUUACAGAAUAAUGGAGUUAAAGACCAGAAUACCAGAUAUAUGUAUUUAAUUUAUUAAAAGGUGAGAAACAAAUUUGGUUAUAUGUUAUUAUAUUUAAUUAUAUCAUUAUACAGCAUACUGUUACUAACUGAUUUUAUUUGUUCUGGUGAGUAGAAUCUUUAUCUUCAGACUUUUUGCAGUAAACACUGUCUUUUCAGGGAAAAUGCAGUGUUUACAUUACAGCCUAGUGAUAACUUCACUGGCCACUCCGCAGAUGGCUACUAGAGGUGCUUCCUGGGGCAGUGCUGCACAGUGUGACUGACAUUCAGUGUCUCCACCCUCUGCAUGCAGACACUGAACUUUCCUCAUAGAGAUGCGUUGAUUCAAUGCACCUCUAUGAGGAGAUGCUGAUUGGCCAGGGCUGUGCUUGACUUGUGCUGGCUCUGCCCCUGAUCUACCUCCUUGACAGGCUCAGCCAAUCCUAUGGGGAAGCAUUGUGAUUGGCUCAAAACACAACUUCUGAUGAUGUCAGCAGGCAUAUCAGGGGCAGAGGCAGCAGCUGCAGAGUUGAAGAGUUGAAUAAAAGUAGAUUUUACUAUAUUUAGAGAGGCAAGGGGGGACAGGGGAUGCUAGAAGAUGUUUUUAACACUAUAGGGACAGGAAUACAUGUUUGUGUUCCUGACCCUAUAGUGUUUCUUUAAGUAUGUUUCUGAACAAAUUAUUGCAUGUUGAGUCCUUGGAUUGCAGAGAUAAUGCACCUAUUCUACUCAAUAUUUCUCUAUAUUGCUCUGGAAGUAUGCAAUGUGCUAGUUUAAGGACUAGACACGUCAACAAUGGAUUUCAGUUGGUGGGCCUGCUAUCAUGCUCAUAUUGUCCAUUCAUUGCUCUGCUCUAUGUGAAUAAAUUUGAUGUAGAUAUUUAUGAACCUUGAUUGCUGAGGAUUAUGGGAUCCCAUGAGCUACAGAUAGAGGUUAAAAUUCAUAAUGUAAUCCUAAGUGAUGUGGAGAUUGUCCCCCUCCUCAGUAGGGUCUUAGUCCAAGCAGUGGAUUUUGGAAGGUCCAGCUGGCAAAUGUUGCCAGACUUGUGUUAUUUCUACUGACAUGGACAUGGAUAUUCCUUCCCUACUUAUUGUCACUUAAUGGUAGACAGAGAACACCAAGAUAAUACUGCCUAUUCUCUCUCCCCUAUAUCUGUGGUCUAAUGGGGUACAUAACUCCUGUAUUCCACUACUUCACCAUGUACAGAUGAUUGAGCACAGGGCUCAAAGGUUUCUGGGAUGGUAUUUGGGUGAAAACUGCACCUCCUUACCCCAGUGUCCUAUUACCAGUCGCACACUGUAAGGGUUUUCACUAAAGUGAGAAUUCAAAGUGAAUUUCAAAUUAAAGUUCAAAAUAGCCAAACUGAAUUAUUUUUUUUCUAAAUUAGCUAAGGUGUCACCUGCCAUGUUGACCUUAAAUUCACUUUGAAUAGUCUUUGCAUUCUCACUUUAGUAAAUAAGCCUGAAAGUGAAUUUCAAACAGCUUAAUUGGAAAAAUUAUUAUAGCCAUCUCUGGUUCCAAUUCAGCUAUUUUGGUAAAAAAAUGUAGAAUUCACUUUGAAUUCUCUUUUUAUUCCUGACAAUUCUCACCUUUAGUAAAUAGUCCCGUUUAUUUGGAAAUGGCCAUAACGGGUAACUAUUAGAUAUACAGUUCCUAAAACAGCUUUAACCUUUGACUUCCUUUACCUAGAAGUGAUCCGACUACUCAAAUGUUAGUACCAAAAUUUAAUGUCAAAAUUUUAAAGAAAUAUUUAAAUGUGAAUAUCUACUCUGCAUGUUAGUGUUCUGCCAGAUUCUUCGCAGGGCUUAAUGAUAAACAUGGAAUUCACCAGUAGUAACAUUCAUAACAUUACAUAUAUAAAUUUACAUGUAAUUUCUUGUAGAUUUUUACAAAGAAAAAUGGAUUUAUGUGCACAAAGAGAGUACAAAAGAAGUAAGUAUAUUCUAUCUAGUUCACUAAUUUUAAACAUAUACCUGAUCAGGUUUAACGAUUGUCUACCUCCCGCUAUGGAAAACACAUGAGCAGGACUAAGAAAGACAUUACAGUAAUGAAACAAUGCACAGAUACAAGAGUAACUAAAAAGGGGACUUUAUUGACCCAUCGUUCCUGCACAUUAAAGGAACACAUGUUAUGAAUACAAAGCUGUAUUCCUAACACAAGUAGACAGCCACUGGUAGUAUAGUAGACAGCCACUAGGGGCAGUCUUAGUACUGCACUGUAAACAUUGCAGUUUCUCUGAAACUACACUGUUUUACAUUGCAGGACUAAAGCGAACACUGCACCCAGACCACUUCAAUGAGAUAAAAUGGUCUGGGUGUCUAUAAUUUCCAUUUAAGCAGACCCACAGCCUUGCUAAUUCCCCAGCUGGACGUAUGAAUCAUUAUUUCGUAGGUAGAAAUUUAGCCAUUUUGUUUAUAUUUGGUUUUCUGAGAGUCAUAGUACUGGUUUCAAAUUAUUAAGCUACAUACAAAGUUCUGCAGCAGAGACUACAUGUUCUGCUAGAUUGUCACAUCUUUCUUAAUGCUAUAUAGUUCUUUUGGUCUUAGGAAGUUUUUCUGUCCAGUUCAUGCAACUAAACAUAUAUUAUAAUACUAAUUAAUUAAAGCAAAAUAAGAAUGAGAAUAACCGUCCGUUACAACAUUUUUUUUAUUAGAGACAUGGAUAUUGUACUUUGGGUGAAGCUUUUAAUCGUUUGGACUUUUCAAGUGCAAUUCAGGACAUCAGAAGAUUUAAUUAUGUGGUCAGAGUAAGUAAUUUUUUUUUGUUCUAUUCUGGUUUCUAAUUCAAUUUUUGAUUGUAUACAAAUAAAGGGGAUAAUAAUGUUAGGAGAAAAGAACAGAACAUAGCACAAAAAAAGAUAACAGUUGUGCAGUGUGGCGUAGAAGAGAUUUUAUUAAAUGGAGGCAGCGAGAAUUAUGGUUUAUUGAGAUAAGAAUACUAUGAAUUCGUUAAAGCCUAUGUUUUUUGUUUUUUUUAAUUCAUCAUGUUACUGACUUAACUGGCACAUAUUCCAUCCACUUUUACAUCCACUUACAUGUUGAGCAAUAGCGCUACUUUAAAAAAAAAAUGUAAGCGUCAAUGAUUUUGUAAUAAUUUGGGAGAUCCAGGCAUUGCUUUGUGUAGGUAAAUUUCAUGCAGCCAUUGUAUUAAUUGACAAAUAAUGAUAAUUCCUAUUUUCUAGUUGCUGCAGUUGAUUGCCAAAUCCGAGCUCACAUCCCUGAGUGGAGCAGCACAGAAGAAUUAUUUUAAUAUUUUAGAAAAGAUUGUAGCAAAAGGUAAUGAAAAUAAGCAUAACUUUUCUUUUCUCUUUUUUUUGUAAUAUAAUCUAAAAGCUAAAAACAUGUUGUUAGGGAUGUCGUUGCAUUAACUGUUAAGAAUGAAAUGUGUAUCUAUCAUGAAUAGAUAAUUAUCAUCAUGCUGCGCAAGAAGCACUCUAACAACUUAUCUUUAUCUUAUUGCCUACAGUUCUGCCCUCUACAUCCCAACCCUAACCUCCAAAACUCUUUAUUUCACUAUUUAGGAGGCUUGAAAGUGCAUCUUCAAGCCACACCUCCAAGUCCACUGGAUAUGAGAUCCAGGAAUCUUACAGACAUGUAUUCCUAACGCUACAGUGUUUCUUUAAUGAAAUGGAUUUGGUGUAUAUAUCAUGCUCCUGCAGUUUCACUGCUCAAUUCACUUUGCAUAUGCCCGGUAGCCAUAACACACCUAGCUGUGAUUUACACAGCUUCCAUUAAAAAAAUGGUUUCAUUUUUAAUCAGAUCUUAAGGUACAGUGUGUUUACGUUAGAAGUUAUUAUAUCCUGCUCUGUUAAUUGAACUUUAAUCGCACAUGUUGCAGGCUCUAGCAAGCUAUUAACAGAGCAGGAAAUACGUAAUUUUAAAUUAAACACACUGUGCAAAAAAAGAGUUAAAAGAAAAUGACACUAUUUUUCAGGAAGUCUGCAGUGAGGCAGAAUCUCCGCUAGGGCAGGUGAUAUAACUCCUAAACGGCGGAGAAUUGAGCAAUUAGACUGCAAAGGCCAGAUUUAUACACCAAAACAAGUUAAUUAAGUUGUUUUGGUGCUUAGAGUUUCCUUUAAACAAAACACUGGCUAGCCUUGCAUAGCAAAAUGUGAAGUAAAAUGUGUGAUUGUAAUAACCCAUUACUGCAGUGUAUAUUUUUUUCUUCAUCUUACUGCAAGUAUUUAAGUGCUUGUGCAUUUUCUGCCUCACAAAAGUUCUGUGAAAUGUGUAAAUUAAAUCUUGAUGUUCAAUUGAUUUAAAGUCCACUUUGUAACAGGAAUAUAAAAUCUGAAUUGUUUAGUUCUAGAAGAUCAACAUAACCCCAGAAUAAUCUGAGAACUUUUAGAGGAUCUGAGCUCUACUCUUUGCAUCCUCAUUGGCCGAUUUGUAUUGGUAGGGAAUAUGAACACAUGGAUUAAUCGUUUAGAGAAUAUUUUGUUAUGGCAACAACAAUUGAUGAAUCUCCAUAUCAAACAGGUACUUUUGAUUCAUAAUGUCUGUGGUUUAGAGCAAUUAUUCUUUUCUAUACUAAACAAUCACAUCAGGACUGUAGCAUUGUAUAUUUAUGUACAUGUUUACUGUAGCAUGGAACAGCCAUUUUAGUCCAAUGAUGAGCAUAACCUCUAAUAGAUGAGAUAGCUCAAUGAAUCGAGUCAGGUCACAUUUAAAGAGAUAGUCUAAGCACCAUAAACAUUACAUGCUGUUUUAGUGGUUAUGGUGCUGUAUGUGGCUGCAGGUGUAAUCCCUCAGUUCAGAGUCAAACCUUUUCAAGAUGUUUGUCCAGAAUUGGCAGGGGGGGGGGAGGGGGGGCUGUAACACUGCAUUAGCAAUAUCAAUUUCAUGCUGAUAUUGGCAUCAUGAUCUGCCAAUCAGUGCUCACCAAAAUAAAUGCAAUUAAUAAAUGAUUACUAACACUGAAAUUUCACUUACACAAUAGCAAUUAGUCAGCAGGGGGUUGGACCACUUGUGCCUCAGUGAGCCCCCAGUUUUUGUUAAACUACUCUAACAUUUAGACUCACAACUGGGCUAUGGCACCUGUAACCUUACUAUUGGGAUAACAACUACAGUUGCAUACAGUGGUUAUGCUGUAUAGACUACCCCUUCAGUCUUUUACUUGCACUCAUAUAUUCCUUGUCCAGGCUAUAUUUUCCUGUAACCUUCCACCUGCUUUCUUUGUCUUAAAUACUGUAUCUCCUUGCUCCCUUUCACUUCAAAGCUUCAUGAAUGGUUUAUACAGUCAGGUCCAUAAAUAUUGGGACAUCAACACAAUUCUAAUCUUUUUGGCUCUAUACACCACCAAAAUGGAUUUGAAAUGAAACAAACAAGAUGUGCUUUAACUGCAGACUUUCAGCUUUAAUUUGAGGGUAUUUACAUCCAAAUCAGGUGAACGGUGUAGGAAUUACAACAGUUUGUAUAUGUGCCUCCCACUUUUCAAGGGCAAUUGGCUGCUCAGCUGUUCCAUGGCCAGGUGUAUGUUAUUCUCUCAUUAUCCCAUUUACAAGGAGCAGAUAAAAGGUCCAGAGUUCAUUUCAAGUGUGUUAUUUGCAUUUGGAAUCUGUUGCUGUCAACUCUCAAUAUGAGAUCCAAAGAGCUGUCACUAUCAGUGAAGCAAGCCAUCAUUAGGAUGAAAAAACAAAACAAACCCAUCAGAGCGAUAGCAAAAACAUUAGGUGUGGCCAAAUCAACUGUUUGGAACAUCCUUAAAAAGAAAGAACGCACCGUUGAGUUCAGCAACACCAAAAGACCUGGAAGACGACAGAAAAAACUGUGGAUAACCGAAGAAUUCUUUCCCUGGUGAAGAAAACACCCUUCACAACAGUUGGCCAGAUCAAGAACACUCUCCAGGAGGUAGGUGUAUGUGUGUCAAAGUCAACAAUCAAGAGAAGAUUUCACCAGAGUGAAUACAGAGGGUUCAGCACAAGAUGUAAACCAUUGGUGAGCCUCAAAAACAGGAAGGCCAGAUUAGAGUUUGCCAAACAACAUCUAAAAAAACCUUCACAGUUCUGGAACAACAUCCUAUGGACAGAUGAGACCAAGAUCAACUUGUACCAGAGUGAUGGGAAGAGAAGAGUAUGGAGAAGGAAAGGAACUGCUCAUUAUCCAAAGCAUACCACCUCAUCAGUGAAGCAUGGUGGUGGUAGUGUCAUGGCGUGGGCAUGUAUGGCUGCCAAUGAAACUGGUUCUCUUGUAUUUAUUGAUGAUGUGACUGCUGACAAAAGCAGCAGGGUGAAUUCUGAAGUGUUUCAGGCAAUAUUAUCUGCUCAUAUUCAGCUAAAUGCUUCAGAACUCAUUGGACGGCGCUUCACAGUGCAGAUGGACAAUGACCCGAAGCAUACUGCAAAAGCAACCAAAGAGUUUUUUAAGGGAAAGAAGUGGAAUGUUAUGCAAUGGCCAAGUCAAUCACCUGACCUGAAUCCGAUUGAGCAUGCAUUUCACUUGAUGAAGACAAAACUGAAGGGAAAAUGCAGGAACUGAAGACACUUGCAGUAGAGGCCUGGCAGAGCAUCACCAGGGAUGAAACCCAGCGUCUGGUGAUGUCUAUGCGUUCCAGACUUCAGGCUGUAAUUGACUGCAAAGGAUUUGCAACCAUGUAUUAAAAAGUGAAAGUUUGAUUUAUGACUGUUAAUCUGUCCCAUUACUUUUGGUCCCUUAAAAAGUAGGAGGCACAUAUACAAACUGUUUGUAAUUCCUACACCGUUCACCUGAUUUGGAUGUAAAUACUCUCAAAUUAAAGCUGAAAGUCUGCAGUUAAAGCACAUCUUGUUUGUUUUAUUUCAAACCCAUUGUGUUGGUGUAUAGAGCCAAAAAGAUUAGAAUUGUGUCGAUGUCCCAAUAUUUAUGGACCUGACUGUAUGUGGCCAGUAAACUAUUAUAAAUUAAACUACUUUUUCAUCUGUGGUCUCCUUUGCUGUCUCUCCUCACUCACCCCUAUCUUUGCUAUCUCAUCUUCACAACCCAUGUACAAACCCAUUCUUUCCUUAUACAUCAUUCUACCUUACUUCCAAUUCAUAGUCCACUAGUGACUCCCACUUCCCCCCGAUGUUCUUUACUUCCCCUUACUGUUCUUUUUUGUUGUACUUAUUUUUGCACUGUAUUUCCCGUGAUAAUCAUCCAUCGUAUAGGUAUUUGAUAACUGAAUAUCCUCUAUGCUGAACAAGUCUGUUUUCUGGCUGGUCAUCACGGUUAAUUUAUUUCUCAAACAUCUAAAUGCCAAGGUUAUUCUUCUGUGAUAUUCAAAUAUUAAAUGAAUAGGGACACUCUCGUACACACGUUGCAUUUUUAAUGUAAAUUACUAAUAUUGUUGUGUGUCUUUGACUUUUCUUAAUUCUUUUUGGUCUUUCCAGGAAUUUGGUACUGGCCUUACCCUUUCUGAUCUCCCAUUGCAUAUGCAAAACAAUAUAUUGUGUAGGUUUUCUGAUGCCUGGGACAUAAUCAACUUGGGUCAACUGACCCCAACGUUGCGUGUGCUUACUGAAGACCCCCAUCUUUGGAAGAAGCUUUGCAAGUAUCAUUUUAAAGAAAAAAUGGUAGGUAGAAUUAACCCUUGGUGAGUGUGCAAUCGACCCUCCAGGAUAGCAGUGACGAGUAACUUUUAAAGGCACACUAUAGUGUCAGGAAUACAAGCAUGUAUUCUUAACACUAUAGUCCUGAAGUGACUGUUUAAGUGACCGUCCCUCCCCCCUUCCUGAUUGUAGUAAAAACAUUAUUUUAUUCCCCUUUUCUCCCAUGCUGCGGCUUAGCCCACAUGACUCCACCUCCAUGGAACAUGGAUUCCAUCACUGCAGGAACAGGCUAAAGACACCAGAACCACUACAUUAAGCUGUAUUGAUUUUGGUGAAUAUAGUUUCUCUUUAAGGCCUGGCUUGUAGCUCUGGUGUUAUGUUUUCUUUCCUAAAGGGAAUAUUGAAUACACAAUUUAAACAUAAUUUAUAAUGUGUUGAACAUGUUACAUGACAUGCUCCAUAUUCUAUCAAAGCUUUGAUAAAGGUAUAACAAUUUCCAUUGCAACGCUGUUUACUCCUGGCAUAGCCUUGGCACAAACUGAAUUGGAGGAGGAAAAAAAACAAAAACAUUACUUCUGUUUCUCCACCUCUAUCUAUGCUUAUGCAUAUUUGUUAAAUGUAAUGGAUAAAUAAACUUUAUAUUAAUAAUCCCCUUUAAUCAAUUCUGCAUUCAUUUCCUUGUAAUAUAAGUAAAACGAUCUACUUUCUUCUUUCUAUUUCUUUAGUUGUGCCAUCUAAUUGUCUCAGAAUCAGGCCACAUUGAUUGGAAGCUCAUGUUUUUUGCACUUCAGAAAUAUUAUCCAAAAAAGGAACAAUAUGCAGAUACACUACAAUUUUGUCGUCACUGUAGCAUUCUGUUUUGGAAGGUAAUUAUGUAUUUUUAAAUAUUCCUGAAAUUAUAUAUUCCUGAAAUGAUAUAACUUUACACAUAUUCAUUUGAUAUUUGAACAUCAAAAUAAGUUAUUGCUGUUAUAUAAUUUGUUUUCUUCGUAUUAGCAAUUGUACUUUCUAAACAUUGUCAGGCAGAAAACCACAAAACACUUGUCAUAAUUUUCCAUCCUCUAUGCACUGUGAUUCACUAUUUUCAAUAUAUAUAAGUUCCAAUUGCUUGCACUCCAGGAUAGGGAGUUAGAGCCCGGUGCUUAACAGCCAAAUAAUAGAAAUGUAGUAAUGAUAGCACUCCAAGGACUUCAAAGAAAUAUAUUGUGAAAAAAACUUAGCUUUUAUUCAGGCAUCUGCCAGUAGUAGAUCAACGUUUCAGUUCUCUAAUGGAACUUUUGUCAGGAUAUAUAUAUAUUGAUUUUCUCACCCCUCCUGGGUGGUAUGUUAUAUUCCCCAUUCUCGGGUCCUCUACCAGAGGCCUGGGUGUUUGAGUGUUCUGCGCAGUAUCUUAGCUGUUCCUAGAACUGCACUCUUCUGGAUGGCGAUCUCAGAUGUCCCACCUGGAAUCUGCUGAAGCCACUCCCCCAACUUGGGAAUUACAGGCCUGAGUGCUCCUAUCACAACUGGGAUUACUACUGCCUUCACUUUCCAUAUCUUUUCUAGCUCUUCUUACCUAUAUAGGAACUAUGGAUGAAUAAGUGUGUGUGUGUGUGUGUAUAUGUAUAUGUGUAUAUAUAUAUAUAUAUAUAAUUUUACUAUUGAAUAAGAAUAAAUACCAAAUUCCUCUGUUCAAAACAGACUAAAAGGAAGACAAUUGCGCUGCCAGGUUAGCAAUAUGCCCUGUUAUCUGUAUACUAAAGAGUACAUAGUACAAUAAUUUAAAUCAGUCAUUUCAUAAACAAGCACACAAUCGUAAAUAACACAUAUUAUAGUUUGCCUGCAGAAAAUAUUAAUCUGAGCCUAAAAGCUAGCUGAGCAUCAUGGGAAAUGUAGUCCAGAAACAAUUUAUGGUGUCAAGGUUAGCCAUCACUGGUAUAGAACAUACUUCCAAAAGCAUAUGUAAGAUUGUGUGUAUUGCUGUCUCAGCCACUUUUUCAUCUUACGCAUAUGUCAGCUGGUACAUCACUUGUUCCCAAUCAGGCACAGUCAGCUCCAUGGACAGUGUCCUGUGUGCUCCGAAAUUACAUCUCAAAGCGCCUACGCAGUUCACGAGCACACGCUCACUUAGUCAAAGUUAAAAAUGUCCUGUUGACACCUCUGCCUUUACCUUAAACGACAGAUGUGUUUACUAAAUGCAAAGGUCUUGUGAGACCUUCAGUAAAAGUGAAAAGAACCAAAAAGUUAGUCUAGAAAUCCACAUCAGAAACCGUAACAUUUCUCUCAUUUGUUCUUUUAUAUUUCCACUUCUUUCCCCUUUUUAAAAGGAUUUCCAGCUUGCUCUCUUAUUUAAGGUAUUUGCUGCAUGCUUGCAUCCAGAUUUUUCCAUAUGUUUUCGUGUUUUUUUAUAAGAGGAUUUUUAAAAAAAAUUUUUCUUUCCUCUUGAAAUAUUUUUUACUCCGUCUGUGUGUGUGUGGUUUUGUACAUACAUAUGCUUUUUUUUUUAUAUUUUUCCAUUAAUAAACAUUAAACUGCAUGUUUUCGUAAAAUGUAUUGUAAUGUAAUGUAUUGUUUUCCUGGAAAGUGUGCAUAACUGUAAAAAAGAGAAAAACAGAGAGAACUCUGGUUAAAGAACCAAUUGCAGUAACUUUUCAUACCAAGUUAUUUUCUCGGCUAAGCCAGUUUGUUUUCAUCUUUGUAAGGUCUACCUAAUACCGUUAUGAAAAUUCUACUAAUCCGCUCUUGUUAAAGGGAGAAUUGUUGGGAACUCAAAGUGUAUUUUAAAUUGUAUACCAAAAGAGCAGAAGUGAAAGCUUAGCUGCCUUGAAGAAUGCUGCCAAUUGAUCUCUUUGUACUUUAAAUUUGAAAUUCACACAAAGAUUUUCACUUUAGUAAAUCAUGUGGUACAUGGUUCUUGGGCUUGCUGCUUUUCUUCACUCUCAAUCACCACUAUGGCAGAACUUGGCCAGCCACUCAUUGGCUUCCAGACUUUCCAGCACUGCAAGAGUUUGUAAAUACACUACUGGAAGUUUAAAUCUGUUUGCAUACAGAGUAGGUAGACUGGGAUGCAUUCCAUUGCAUCAUUACAUCAUAAAGAAUAAAGACACUCCAGACAUACACAUAUUGUGCAAUCUGUAGGUCAUGUUAUUUGCAUUGCUGGCUUUUCUUUCUUUCUUUUUUUUUUUUUUUUUUCUCAGUCUUUUUUUUUUUAAUUUUUCCUUUUUAGAUGCUACUUACUACAAAUUGCUUUUGCUCAAUUGACUUACUUUUUUGCCCCUUCUCUCCCAGCCUGUAGUGUACCACAGCUGAUGUACACAGUGCCAUUUAGGUCUUGCUGUGUGGUAGUUCAUAUGUUCAUUGUUCUAGAAGAGAAAGUUUGAAAUUGAACUACAACUCACAGAAACCAUUUCUGUGCCCGUUUACCUUCAUUACUUAUGGUAGAUACUUAGUAGCGCUAUCAAAAAUAUGUUAAAUCUCUAUCAUUUCCUGGUUUAGUGAGAGCUCACUGCAAAUUCUACGCAGUCUGAAAUUCUGAGAAAAUACAGGAAAUUAUUUUUUUUUUUUCUUUAUAAUAUUUUAUAUUUGUAAUGCAUUAAAAAAUUGUGUCAAAUCCAGUGAGGAGUGUCUCUUAAAAUCUCUACUAGAAAGUCUUACCCUUUUUUUUUUACAAAUUUCUCUCCAAUCUUAAUGUCUGCUUACAUAAUUCCCCAUCUGCCCAUCUUAGUCUUCUUAAAGGGACACUAUAGUCACCUGAACAACUUUAGCUUAAUGAAGCAGUUUUGGUGUAUAGGACAUGCCCCAGCAGCCUCACUGCUCAGUCCUCUGCCAUUUAGGAGUUAAAUCCCUUUGUUUAUGAACCCUAGUCACACCUCCAUACAUGUGACUUGCACAGCCUUCCAUAAACACUUCCUGUAAAGAGAGCCCUGUUUAGGCUUUCUUUAUUGCAAGUUCUGUUUAAUUAAGAUUUUCUUAUCCCCUGCUAUGUUAAAGGACCACUCUAGGCACCCAGACCACUUCAGCUUAAUGAAGUGGUCUGGGUGCCAGGUCCUUCUAGGGUUAACCCAUUUUUUCAUAAUUAUAGCAGUUUCAGAGAAACUGCUAUAAUUAUGAAUGGGUUAAGCCUUCCCCCAAUCCUCUAGUGGCUGUCUCAUUGACAGCCACUGGAGGCGCUUGCGUGCUUCUCACUGUGAAAAUCACAGUGAGAGCACGCCAGCGUCCAUAGGAAAGCAUUGUAAAUGCUUUCCUAUGAGACCGGCUGAAUGCGCGCGCAGCUCUUGCCGGGCGUGCGCAUUCAGCCGGCGGGGCGGAGGCGGAGAGGAGGAGGAGAGCUCUCCGCCCAGCGCUGGAAAAAGGUAAGUUAUUACCCCUUUCCCCCUUCCAGAGCCGGGCGGGAGGGGGUCCCUGAGGGUGGGGGCACCCUCAGGGCACUAUAGUGCCAGGAAAACGAGUAUGUUUUCCUGGCACUAUAGUGGUCCUUUAAUAACUUGCUAGACCCUGUAAGAGCCUCCUGUAUGUAAUUAAAGUUCAAUUUAGAGAUUUAGAUACAAUUAUUUAGGGUAAAUUACAUCUGUUUGAAAGUGAAACCAGUUUUUUUUUUUUUUUCAUGCAGGCUCUGUCAAUCAUAGCCAGGGGAGGUGUGGCUUGGGCUGCAUAAAUAGAAACAAAGUGAUUUAACUUCUAAAUGACAGUGAAUUGAGCAGUGAAAUUGCAGGGGAAUGAUCUAUACACUAAAACUGCUUUAUUUAGCUAAAGUAAUUUAGGUGACUAUAGUGUUCCUUUAAUUCUCAAUUAGCUUAUUACAUUUAUUUUUUUAAGAAAUAUAGCUUCAGCUAUACAUUGCAGUAGCUAUAGCGUAAAAAAUUAAAUGUUGUUACCUUUUAAGCUAUACAUCUUUACUCCUACGUCACCAGCUGUAAAAACUACAAUAUGGAGACAAUGGGCAGCUGCACAUGGCAUACCUGAUCUCCUAGCAUGCACAUGGGUGGCAGUAGUUAUCUGAUGGGUGUUAGUAAGUUUUGUGGGGGACAGGGUGGCUGUGCAAGCUAUAUUGCCCUGUCCUUUCCCAAUGAAACUGUUUUAGUAGCAGAUCACUUUGAGGCCUGACUAGUAUUGCAUGUUAAAUGUUGAGCCCUGGUUAAUCCUAUGAGUGUACUGCUGCAGUGUUUACAAUCCGAAAUGUAUUUAUGUUUUGUUUUUUCUGCUUUGUUAGGAUUCUGGACACCCCUGCACUGCCAAUGACCCAGGGAGCUGCUUUGUACCCAUUUCCCCUCAGCACUUUAUUGAUCUCUUCAGAUUUUAAAAAGCUCUAA